AUGUCGUUACGUCGAUCUGCUCGCGUCCAGGCCACGGCGUCUACUACUGAAGUUCCCAAUGGCCGCAUCCCAGAAAAGGCUGCACCAACGAAGAAGCGAGGCCGCAAGAUUAAGUCGACCGAGGACAUCGCCACCACGACUGUAGCUCAGGAUGGCGCUGAUGGCGGGUCUGCGCAAGAUGCGACUUCAGCUAUGCCACCUCCACCCACAACACCAGCCAAGCGUCGAAAGGUGGCAAGCACGCCGACGAAACCACCGCCACUCACACCAACACCAUCUGCAAUCGGCUUGAUGACGAGUAAUAGCGUCCUCAGACCCAACUACAGUUCUGGAGACAUUGAUGAUGCUACACCACCACCAGCUGAUCGACCAGCUGAACCUCACCAUACCAACGCCACGCUUAUUACACCGGGCGGUACACAAGCCGUGCCAAGCUACAGCAACUUCGAAGAGGCAUCACCGUCAAAAGCCUCAAAUAAUCCUGCAACAACAACGGAAUGUCUCCUAGACGAAGCCAUCGCUCACAUGAUCUCUGUCGAUCCCGCUCUGAAAUCAGUAACUGAAAAACACCACUGCCGCGUCUUCAGCCCCGAAGGUCUGGCCGAAACGAUCGAUCCCUUCCGCUCCCUCGCUUCCGGAAUCAUGGCUCAGCAAGUCUCUGGCGCAGCAGCCAAAAGCAUCAAGAACAAAUUCAUUGGACUCUUUCCUGCUUACGAAUGUCCCACCGGCUUUCCUCCUCCCGCACUUGUUGCGAAGACACCACUACCUCGUCUGCGAGAAGCAGGCUUAAGUCAAAGGAAAGCGGAAUACAUCCAAGGCCUAGCCGAGAAAUUCGUGAACGGCGAUCUCACGAUCGACAUGAUUAUGAACGGGUCAGACGAAGAAGUCAUGAAAUCGCUCGUCGCUGUCCGUGGAUUAGGAGUCUGGAGCGUGGAGAUGUUUAUGUGUUUCGGGUUGAAACGGAUGGAUGUUUUCAGUACGGGCGAUUUGGGUGUGCAGAGGGGUAUGGCGGCUUAUAUGGGAAGGGAUGUGGGUAAGUUGAGGAAUAAGGGUGGGAAGUGGAAGUAUAUGAGUGAGAAGGAGAUGGUGGAGAUUGCGGAGAAGUUUCGGCCCUGGAGGAGUUUGUUUAUGUGGUAUAUGUGGCGCAUUGAGGACGUUGACACUGAAGCUAUCGAGAGCUGA